AUGAAAUCCGGAACGGAAUCCAUCGGAAAAAUAAAUGAGUAUUUUACGGGAAUGCUGGGGAAGAAGGAAGAGUUGAAUAAAUCAAAAAUCCAAAGGAGGUUCAUGGCCAAGGGUAAAGAUGUCCGAGUAACAGUUAUUUUGGAAUGUACCAGUUGUGUCCGAAACAGUGUUAAUAAGGGAUCAACGGGCAUUUCCAGAUAUAUUACUCAAAAGAACCGGCACAAUACGCCUAAUCGAUUGGAAUUGAGAAAAUUCUGUCCCUAUUGUUACAAACAUACGAUUCAUGGGGAGAUAAAGAAAUAG